UUUGUUGUUAUUAAUGCAGGACCUUGUUGACCGGAUAUUGGUUGUUUUAUCUGAUGAUCAAGUUUCUAAAUUGUGGGCAAAGAAGAAUGCUGUGGGGAAGGAACAGGUGGCACAGCUUGUAGAUGACAUAUAUAGAAAAAUGCAAGUGUCUGCAGCCCCUGAUUUAGCGUCAAAGGGACAGGGUGUCUCAGAUAGCAGUAAUGUGAAAGUCAAAGGGGAAAUUGAUGAUCACUCUUUUCAGUCAGAAACAAAGGUUCGGUGCUUCUGUGGGAUUUCAUCAGAAAAGGAGUCAAUGAUCAAUGUAUUUGCCACACACUUUGUUUUCGUUCCUCUUAAUGUUGCUUAUGUUCCUCUUAAUGUUGCUUAUGUUUUCUAUUGUGUAUUUAAGUAUAUUUAA